AUGGUGCUGGCACUGGACCCACCGCCCCAUCAGACCUACAGUAGUAUAAGACUGUGGGGGCUCCUGUAUCGAAGGGUCAUGGAUUGCGUCUCUUGCCGCUACAGGACAUACAUUUGCUCGGCUCCCGGUGGUCAGCCAGACUGUGGCGUUCAUCCAGUGCAGGCGGAGGAGGGAGGCCAGGUGGUACUGGACUGUUUCCUCCCGUGGCAUCGUCUUCUGUUGGGAAACCCCGAGUACCACUACUCCUGGGCCCCUGGUCUGCCACCAUCCAACCAGCUGGAUGACAGUGCCUUCAAAGCCUUGGUGGUGACUCAGGACUCAUCUGUGGUCUUAAAUCAGCUGCACACGGACGAACAGGGGACGUACCGCUGUUCACUGCAGAACCGAAAUACAACCGUCUUUUACAAAGUCACUUUCCUGCUAACAGUCACCUCUGUCUCCACCCAAACUCAGCCGCCGUUGCUCACCCUCCCCUCUCUCCCCUCACCACUUGAACCUGCUCAGGACCUGCUGGUGCCAGUCAUCGCCGUGGUUACAGCUCUGAGUCUGGCAGCGAGCGUCGGCCUCGCCGCUUUUCUGGGAAAAAGGAUUCAUCAACAGAGAGUCAAGAAGGACCUGAGGAGCAGAACGACGGAGGGAAAGCCAAUGAACCAUGUGAUAUGAUGAAAAUAAAGUAUACUGCAAAUACAGACGGACUUUACUCAUUUCACAGCAGACCUUUCACUCAGGUGUUAAAUACAUUUCCCUGUAUGAAGUGAGAAGUCAUGAGUACAAAAUGACGUGGAAGUGAGAGUAGGUUGAAUGUAAAUGUAUGUUAGCAGAAGCAUCAAACAGGGUUCAGUUAGUUCCUAUGUGUUCACUGAGGAAAAAACUCCUCAUGAAUCAGCACCUAAGAUCUCAGUCAUAAAAACGUAUGUGAAAUAAGAAGAGGAACAGAGUGUGUGACAUGUGUUUACAGUCAAAUCCCCCAGAAACAACUCAACUUUCUAGAACAUGAAGUCAUG